UACUGGAUUAAUAAUAUCAUGCUGUUCCGGUUUCACUUACUUUUUUUCUUUCUCGCUUUUCGUUUGCAUAAAACAUGGCAGCUCCCCAGAGCACGCGAGAGCAGUUGCUUCUACUGGUCGAUGACAUCGAAAUAAUUGCUAAAGAGCUGUUUGAAAACAUCAUUGCUCCGAAGAAUCAACGACUGUCAGCGGCGGAACAUAGCCAGCUUGCCGAAUUGCUAGUUUCAAAGGACGAAGAGCUGAAACGUACACUGGUGAUCGCUGCAGGACAGGCAGAAGUCCAGAAAACGAUAAACAGUCUCCAAGAAGAAGUAGAAAAGCAAGAUCAUGACAUACAGAUGCUUCAAUGGCAGCUGAGAGACGCGGAAAGUUUGAUGUCUACAGCUAUAUAUCAGGCGAAGCAGAAGCUGCAGAGCAUUGAGAAGGCAAAUGCGAGGGCAGUCUCAUCAGAAGAGCUUAUCAAAUACGCUCAUCGAAUCAGUGCGAGCAAUGCCGUGGCAGCGCCGCACAAUUGGCAGCAAGGUGACCCACGAAGGCCAUACCCGACGGAUAUAGAGAUGCGGCAGGGCUACCUCGGCCGACUGAGCGAUCUUCCUCUCACGGGGCCACCCCUUCAGCCACAGGGGAGCUUGGGAGACCUGAAUGCUGCUCGUCACCUUGACCAGAAUCCACUUGGGCAGUCAUUUUCAUGGCAGAUUGGAGGAGACAUCAAGCCACCCAUCUCUAGCAAUCACAACUCUGUUGGCAUGGAUGCCAAAAGCAAAGAGAAUGAAGACGUUGAGGUCAUGUCAACGGACUCAUCUAGCAGCUCUUCCAGUGAUAGCCAGUGAACAGACACUUAUCAUUUCUCAUUGUACAUAUCAACAAAAAGUGUUUUUGAACAACCUG